GCCAUCAUGUCAUCCCGCUGUGUUUUUAAGCUUAUAUGCAGUCAAGGUGGAAAUUGCGCCGUAUCUUCAGUGUUCGUCAAAGUAGCCGGUGAUAGAUGAGUCGACAGGAUCCGUCGAGCUCACCGGCCUUUCGUUUUAUACUUUUGUUGUCCAGGGUGGUUGGAUUAUGGUAACGUUAACGUAUUUGGUAUUGUAAGGGCCGCGCGAAACAUUCCUAGUAAAGACUGGACGAUUAGUUAGCUGUCGCCAUUGCGAAUGUAACGUUAAUAUUAUUUCUACUCGGUUGUAUUUCUGUGUAGUCCAUGUCUCUCCGUGCGGCCUUUUAAAUGCAAAAAUACGUUGAGUGGACGUGUGAAACGAUCAUUACACAAAACCCAUCUCUGCUGUAGACUCAAACGGUGCCAAGUAGUUAACGUUACCACAUAGCUAGCCUAUCUUUGACCCAGCACCCGGGAUUUUGUAGAAAGACUUCAAAGAUGUUUGAAACCAGGGGGUUACCAUUCGUUCUGCUGGACAUUGUCUGCUUAAUUUUGGCGGGACUCCCAUUCGCAAUACUCACACUGCGACACAAUCCAUUCAAACGAGGAUUUUUCUGUAACGAUGAUACAAUCAAGUUCCCCCUAAAAGAAGACACCAUUUCCUAUCAGUUAUUAGGUGGAGUAAUGAUCCCCCUCACAGUUCUCACUAUGAUCUGUGGGGAGUGCCUUUCAGUCUAUCUAAAGCGCAUCAAAUCCAAGUCCUCUUUCAGCAACAGCUAUCUGGCAUGCGUCUACAAGGCCAUCGGCACCUUCCUGUUCGGGGCGGCCAUGAGCCAGUCCCUCACCGACAUCGCCAAAUACUCCAUCGGGCGGCUGCGGCCGCAUUUCCUGGACGUGUGCAAGCCCGACUGGAGCACCAUCAAUUGCUCAGCGGGUGCCUACGUUGAGGACUUCGUCUGCACGGGGAAUGCGCGCAUGGUCAACGAGGGCAGACUCUCUUUCUACUCUGGCCACUCUUCCUUCUCCAUGUACUGUAUGCUGUUCCUGGCACUUUAUCUUCAGGCGAGACUGCAGGCCGAUUGGGCCAGGCUCCUGCGGCCCACGCUUCAGUUCUUCCUGAUCGCUGCGUCCGUGUACACGGGCCUGUCCCGCGUCUCCGACUACAAGCACCACUGGAGCGACGUGCUCACGGGAAUGCUUCAGGGGGCACUCAUGGCCAUCCUAGUGGUGUUCUGUGUGUCAGACUUUUUCAAGAAGAGCGUGGAGCCCAUAAAAGAGUCGGACAUCCCCCACACCACUCUCCAGGAGACCCCAACCAAUGGAAACCAUUACGACAACCCCAGCUAAGCUUCAGAGGAACCAAAGGUUGUUGACACCACUGAUCCAGUGGGAAGAGGUUACAUCGUGCACCCACUUAAAAAGAUACAAAAGGACAUUUAAGAAAAAUACAAGAAAAGAAAUGAAGAAUAUAUGAAUAUAUAUAUGAAGGGGGCGGACCACUGCCGGUAUGGAGUACCUGUGAAUGUACCUUGCUUGGAUCUGCACUCCAAGUGGCGGAUGCUUGACUUUUCCUUACAGACGCUGUUUGUUGUCGUUCCAUGUUGCCUUGGCUGGACUUGCUGCUAUUGCUGCUACCACAGCUUCUCUUUUAUUGUUUUGUUUUUUCUUCCUUUAAAAACUAAUAUGAAGAGUGUACCUCUAUAUGCAUCCGAAGAAGAAAAAAAACACACACCAUAUGUUUGUUUUUUUUUAUCUGUAUUAAGAAAAAAAAUCACUAUACAGACGUUUUUUAAUUAAAAUUAUGUUUAAAAAGUGUAUGUACAAAAAAUACGUUGCGCUUUCUGAAAGAAUAUGAAAAAAAAAAAAAAAAAAAAAAAACACAAAGCCAUUAUGCUUCUUAAACACAAAUAAACAUCCACGUCAUUUCAA